UAAUCUGUUAUCAGCGCCAUAGAUUCCUGUUAGGAUUUUUUUGAGUUUUCUGUGUUAGUGAAAAAAAAACAACAGGGCCCAUUACUAAAAAACGGUUAUCAGCAGGGAGAAGGAGCAGCAAUGGAAAAGCCAAGUAACAUGGGAAAGAGCUACAGGUUGAGGUUUGGGUUAGAAAGAUACAGGAGGUGGGAGCAACAGCAUCAGUAAAGUGUGUAUAGGAUAGCUGAAAAUAUCAGACAGGAAAGAACGAGAGGAGAGAGUGGAAAGCAAGUGUUUUGGAAGGUGCUUGCAGUGGAUUUGAGGAGUAGGAGGCUCCUGAGUUGUAUAUAAUAGUUCAGCAGUGUAAAAGGCUGGAGUUUAGUCUUGUUGAUGAGCUAGUAAGUGCUUACGCUUUUAUGUCUUGCUUGUCUGGAAACAGUGGCUGCAGAGUGAAGAGAUCUGCCACAGCAGGCAUAAACUGGUUGUUGGAAAGGUCUCAUCUUCUCUCCUUAUGCAGUCAAGGGAGUUGUAAAGCAAUGGGAAUGUUCAGAGAUGCAUGCAAUUCCUGUCCUAAUCCUUGUCCCACCCCAUCCUUUUGAGUUUUCUUAACCUUAGCUGGCUAAUAGUCCAGCAGCAAAAUACAAAUACUGUCAUCCUUGCUGCUAGGAAAAGUGAUGGUGUUUUAAAAUGUGUUUUAAAGGAAUCCAACAGUGAGGUGCUUCAGGGUAAAGCUUUAAUUUUUAGUUUGGUUUUUUGGAUUUCCAGUUUAUUCCUCCUCCUCAGCUGAGCUUGUGCAGAUUGUCUUUCAGAUAACUGGACAUUAUUUCUUCUGUGUUCUCUUGCUCUUUCCUUCUUUUUUCUUAAAUUAACAAACUGGCUUAUGAGAAACACAUUUUGAGAGGAAAAGGUUAUUUUUCUUGGAGUUCUCGUGAUAUCUGAGACUCAGGUAUCUCACUAGCAAUUAAUAGCUUUAUUUUUCAUAAGCAUAUUGUACAUCUUCUUGUGCCAUACAUACAUCUUCUUCCAACCUUCCUCAUCUAGCAACUUAUCAUGAAACCUGGCUUAAUUUAGUAUUGGUUGCAAGUUUUUGCAUCGUUAUUCUAAUCUUAGUUCUUUCCAGAAGAAAAGCAAAUUACAGAAACAACCCUUGUGAGAUACAAACUCUUAGAUGAUGAUAUCAAUUUGCUUUUCACAGUCAGGCACAAUAAAUUGCUUCUCAUUGCAGGUGAAAUUUGCUGCACUGACAUGUUUCCUCCUCCACAAAACACAGUUGGGUUCCGAGACAGGGAUAAAGAGCUAGCAGUCAUGAAACUGAAGCAGCGUUUAACUUUUUAUUUAACUUCAUAUUUAUCUGCUUGAUAAGCUACAUGCUCCAUCUUACUUUAUUUGAAAGAAGAAAGCCAGUGAGGACCUGUGAGCAAUCCAGCAGCUUCUGAAAAAUCUUCAUGCUAAAGGAUAAUCCAGAAUUCCCCGAAGAAGAACGUAGUGAAUGUUAAUCCAGAGGAACUGUCGGAGGAUCGUGCUCACAGGGAGAUGAUUCCUCAUGAAGUCACUGGAUCCCUUGCAGAAAUCAAAUGUGACUUUCCAUUUAUCAGACUGAAAUCAGAGCCAGCCAGACAGUGAAGCAAGCACAGUGGAGGGGGGACGGCGAAAGAUGAAAUCCAACCAAGAGCGGAGCAAUGAAUGCCUGCCACCUAAGAAGCGAGAAAUCCCUGCCACCAGCCUGCCUUCAGAGGUGAAGCCGGUCCUGCCAAACGAAAACCACCGUGCAGAUAACCUAGCAUGGCUCCCCAGCACACCCAGCAGCCAGGGGGGCCUGGGGGGCCGGCACCGGCCCGGGGGGACGUCAUCGGUGGAGACAGGCUUGCAGCAGGGUUUGCACAAGUCGCUGUCUGCAGGGCUGGACUAUUCCCCGCCGAGCGCGCCCAGGUCUGUUCCAGCCUCCACCACUCUUCCCACGGUGUACUCGCCCGCCCUCUCCCAGUCAGGGACCCCUGUUUCCCCCGUGCAGUACACACACCUGCAACACACCUUCCAGUUCGUUGGGCCCCAGUACAGUGGAUCGUACACCGGAUUCAUCCCCUCGCAGCUGAUUUCCCCGACAGCCAAUUCUGCGACUGGCGCCGUGGCGGCGGCCACAGCCGUUGCGACCACUCCAUCCCAGCGCUCCCAGCUGGAGGCUUAUUCCACUUUGCUGGCCAGCAUGAGCGGCUUAAGCCAGCAGGGACACAAAGUUGAGCCACACCUGGUCAGGACACCUGGACUGAUCGCCGCUGGGUCUCCUCCACCCACCCAGCAGAACCAGUACGUCCACAUUUCCAGCUCUUCCCAGAGCACUGUCAGAAAUGUCUCUCCUCCAACCAUCCCAGUCCCCCUGCACCCCCAUCAGACAGUGAUCCCGCACACCCUCACCCUCGGCCCUUCCUCCCAGGUGGUGGUGCAGUACACCGACUCGGGGGGCCACUUUGUCACCAGGGAUCCCCCCAAGAAGCCUGAGAGCAGCCGGCUGCAGGCGAUGCAGGCCAAGGAGGUACUGAAUGGUGAGAUAGAGAAGAGCCGGAGGUACGGCAUUUCACCCUCUGCUGACAUGGGUCUAGUCAAAGCAGGCAAUAAACCAGCUCCCCAUCAUUACGAGACCAGGCACGUGGUGGUCCACUCGAGCCCCGCCGAGUACGGCGCACGGGAUUCCUCAGGUGUCCGAGCCUCCGUCAUGGUGGUCCCCAACAGCAGCACACCCACGGCAGACAUGGAGGUGCAGCAGGCCACCAACCGUGAGACCUCUCCCGCAGCCCUCAACGACAAGGGAAGCUUGCACUUAGGAAAGCCAGCCCACCGCUCCUACGCCUUGUCUCCGCAGCAGGCUCUGGGCCACGAGGGGGUGAAGGCAGUGGCCACGCUGUCCCCUCACACUGUCAUUCAGACCACCCACAGCGCCUCCGAGCAACUCCCCGUCGGGCUGCCGGCGACAGCCUUCUACGCCGGGACCCAGCCGCCGGUGAUCGGCUACCUGAGUGGUCAGCAGCAAGCCAUCGGGUACCCCGGCAGCCUGCCGCAGCACCUGGUGAUCCCUGGCACCCAGUCCCUGCUGAUACCCGUCGGCAGCGCGGACGUCGAGCCAUCAGGAGUCACGCCUGCCAUCGUCACGUCGUCUCCUCAGUUUGCAGCAGUGCCUCACACGUUCGUCACCACCGCCGUCCCUAAGAGCGAGAACUUCAGCGCGGAGCCCCUCACCACCCAGCCCGCCUACCAGGCCACCAUGGUGCAGGCGCAGAUCCACCUGCCUGUGGUGCAGUCCAUUGCCUCCCCCGCCGCCGCCCCUCCCACGCUGCCCCCCUACUUCAUGAAGGGGUCGAUCAUUCAGCUGGCCAACGGGGAGCUGAAGAAAGUAGAGGACUUGAAAACAGAAGACUUCAUCCAGAGUGCGGAAAUUAGCAACGACCUGAAAAUAGACUCCAGCACUGUGGAGAGGAUUGAAGACAGCCAUAGCCCAGGCAUUGCUGUGAUACAGUUUGCGGUUGGGGAGCAUCGAGCGCAGGUCAGCGUGGAAGUCUUGGUAGAAUACCCUUUUUUUGUAUUUGGACAAGGCUGGUCAUCCUGCUGCCCUGAGAGAACCAGCCAGCUCUUUGAUUUGCCAUGCUCCAAACUCUCGGUGGGGGACGUCUGCAUAUCACUCACGCUCAAGAACCUGAAGAACGGCUCUAUUAAAAAGGGCCAGCCCAUGGACUCAGCUAGUAUCUUGCUGAAGCAUUCAAAGAAUGACAGUCUAGCUGGAAGUAGACACAGGUAUGCGGAGCAGGAAAACGGGAUUAAUCAGGGAAGCGCACAGAUGUUAGCUGAGAACGGUGAACUGAAGUUUCCGGACAAAAUAGGAUUGCCUGCAGCACCUUUGCUCACCAAAACAGAACCCAGCAAGCCCCCGGCAACGAGGAAGAGGAGGUGGUCAGCUCCCGAAACACGAAAACUAGAGAAAUCGGAAGAGGAGCCACCUUUGACUCUUCCCAAGCCUUCUUUUAUUCCUCAGGAGGUUAAGAUUUGCAUUGAAGGUCGAUCCAACGUAGGAAAGUAAAAGUUGUUUGGGGAAAGGAAAUUAGGCUAUCCCUUGUCAUUUUUAUCCAGAUUACUGUACUGUAGACUAAAUAACCCAGUAUUUACAUGUUAUCAUCUUAUUUUAGGUUUAUGUUAUAACCUUGUUGUUAUAGUUGCAGCUGGUAUUAUGCAGGAGACUGGUGCAUAUGUUUUUCCACAAGUGUUUGUCAGUGACUAGGUUUAUCGAGAGCUAUGGAAGGGGCAGUAUCUGCUUCACACACCCUUAGUGGAAAUGAAUGUGUUGUCAUGGCUCCUGUUUUCUAACACCUCGUGUAGGACAGGGUCCAGCUGUGAUUUUGUUUUCUUUUCCUUGUCUUUUUUUUGUUUUGUUUUUUUUUUGGGGGG